AUGAAGCUUGGCAUUUUUGUACUUUUAUUUUUCACAAGUCAAGUAUUUGGCGAACAAUUUCUAUAUGUGAGUGAGAAUCUUGAUAUGAUUGGACCUGGCAGUGAAAUUUGCAAAUAUUGUUAUUCGGUAGCAGAACCUAAUUUUGAGAUUUCCUAUUCUAAAGAAGAGCUGAAGUUGUUGAAUGAGAGAAAUAGGAAAAUUAUUGAACCUUGUAUUGAAGAAUUUUCAACACUCAAUUCGAUUGUUCAUCAAAACAAAAAAGAAUAUUCUGAAAAUAUUGUACAAAACAUCGAAUACCAAAUUUUAUUCUCCGAAUGUAACAGAAAAUUAGAAGGAAAUCAUAAUCAUGAUGUUGAAGCUUGUCUAAAACCCCCUGGCUAUUUGUGUAUUGGAAAUUUUGAUGUGAACGGAUGUGCUCAAAGAAUACUGAAAGAUUACUGUGAUAUCGAUUUUACAAAUGAUACGAUUCGUUUUUUGAUAAUGCAGAUUUCUUACUGUAUGAAGUUGGAUUUGGAUUUUUAG